CGGUAAUGACGUUGGCUUGGUAUGUGAGCCACAGGGAAAAAGACACACCAAAAAGAGAUUUGUACGUGAUUUCACCUUCGAGAGUCUGAGCUGCUUAAUCAGAAGAAGGAAACGUUUUACAAAUGCUGCGCGUGGGAAACUUCCUGACCAGGCGCGCGACAGCAGCCCUGAGCACCGGCAGCGCGAGGACGGCCAGCCACCAAGUGGUGGAGGCUAUGGACUUCUCCAGGCCACAGUACCUUGACCGUCGGGACAUCCCUCUGCCUGAUGUACCCUAUAAAAACAUCCUGACUGAAGCAGAAAGGGGCCUGAAAGAGAAGGAGAAAGGACCCUGGUCCCAGCUGACCAAAGAGGAAAAGAUAACAUUGUAUCGGAUGAAGUUCUGCCAGACGUAUUUUGAGAUGAAUGAGGAGAAAAGCGACUGGAAGUCAGUCACGGGCUUAGUCUUGUUGGGUUUGGGACUGACCGGUCUUUUAGUCUUGUGGCAGUCGGUGUAUGUCUACCCGCCCCAUCCCAAGACUUUUGACCCGGAGUGGAAAGCCGCCGAAUUAAAGAGGAUGUUGGACAUGAGGAUGAACCCUGUCCAGGGCCUCGCUUCCAAGUGGGACUACGAGAAGGGCCAGUGGAAGUAAAACACAAGGCGAGGUUCAGCUUGGACUCCAGUGAAGCUAAAUUUGACUGUCAUACACUGAUCUCAAUAGUCGUGUGGAAAUUUGCCGCCUUUGGUUCUGUCACUGUCCACUUCUAUUUUCACUACAGCCUGCUGUCGUGAUGCAAGUGUGCUCUUGGUGUCACCUGAUUAAAAUAAAGUUUUGCUCGUCUCUGCUGCAUCUCUGAGGUGGAGCUUGCUCUGAUGCC